UUCAAUCACCAACGCCCCACACGAUGCCUGAACCAACUGCAGAAGAGCUUGAGAGGCGGAACAGGCUGCAAAUCCUGCCCGAAAUCGUCAGCGAUCAGACCUCUACCGACUUUCCAGGACAUUGGCCGGGAGAAAACCAUGCAUAUGACUUGGAGAAAUUUAAAAAGAAUUUCAAAGUCCAAUUUCACACGGACGACACUGCAAGCCUUAUGAAAGCACAAAAACAUGCGAUACCCAGCAGCAGACGAAUUGACCAAGUCUUCUCGCUCAUCGGCAUAGACGCCUCCCUCGCCAAUGCUUUCCGACGCAUCAUGAUCUCCGAAGUGCCGACCCUCGCCAUUGAAGAUGUUUUCAUCUACCAAAACACAUCCGUCAUCCAAGACGAAGUCUUCGCGCAUCGCCUCGGACUAAUCCCACUCACCGCCGACCGCUUGAGCCUGCACAACAUGGCUUGGUACACCAAACCGGUCGAAGGUGAGCCAACUGCCACCGAACUGACCGAUCAAAACUGCGUCAUCUUGCACCUGCAGGUGAAAUGCGAGUGGAAAGAGGGCGGGCUGGAGAAGGCGGCUAAAGGCGUGUCGGAUCCGAACGAGUUGUAUGUCAACCACAGCGUCUACGCGCGGGAUCUGGUGUGGCAGAAACACGGCAAGCAGACGGAGUGGCCCGAAGACGACCCCGUGCGCUCCGUGUACCCCGACAUUCUGAUCGCGAAGAUGCGGCCGGGCCAGGAAGUCAUCAUGAAGAUGCACGCACACAAGGGCAUUGGCCAAGAUCACGCCAAAUUUUCUCCUGUCGCGACAGCUUCAUACCGCUUGUUGCCUACCAUCGACAUCUUGAAACCCAUCGUCGGCGCCGACGCCAAAAAGUUUCAAGGCUGUUUCCCUCCCGGCGUCAUCAGACUCGACUCAGUCACCUCAGAAGAUGCCAAAAAGUACGGCGAGCUCAGCGAAAAAGAGGGUGAGCCCAAGGCCGUCGUGGCAAACCCCAUGGGCGACACAGUGAGCCGGGAAGCUCUCCGACAUCCCGAAUUCAAGGACAAGGUCAGGUUGGGACGAGUUAGGGAUCACUUCAUCUUCAAGGUGGAAAGUACGGGACAGUGGGAUAGUGACGAGCUUUUCCUUCACAGCGUGCAGCUGCUGAAGACAAAGGCGCAGCGUAUAAAGAGGGGUCUGGACCUCAUGAUGAAGUAA